AUGCAGCACUUGCUAAAGAACCUCCAAGCUGCAAGUUGCUGCAUUUCCCUGGACGUCCUUGAGAAAUUGGCUACAGAGUUCUGGACCCGAUGCGUGUUCAACAAUUCUCUCACAUUGCUUUGCAGCGGCCAGCUGCUGACGAACCUCCAAGCCGCAGCCCUACGUGUCAUAGCUUCGUCUGAACACACAACUAUGCUCUGUGAAGAAACCCCAUCUAUCUGGACUUCCAGGAAACGGAGGCCGAGACUGCGAAGCCUACGCCACGGAAAUGCAGACAGCUUAUCAAGAACUGACCAUCUUGAAAGGCAGAAUGAUGUGGUGCAUGAGGAAGGAGAUGAACAUGGCGCGGGCGAGGAUAGCACUGAUUCACUUCUGGUGGACAAAUCCAUUGAUUACAAUGCUAUUCUUUACACCUCCACCAAAGAAGGGCGAUUGUGA